AUGUGGACGACCAGAUGCAGAUCAUGGACGAGCGGGUACGUGGCAUACACUUCAGCUCCUCUUUCCCUUCCCCCUCUUCCCCUUCCCCCCUUCCCCCCUUCCCCCCUUCCCCCCUUCCCCUCCUGCGCUUAUUCCCACCUUGUUCAUCUCCCCGCAUCCCCUCGUGCUCCCCCCGCUUUCCCCCCUCACCCCCCGCUCCCUCCCCCCGCAGGGCGUGCGGCUACUGGUGGGGGAUUUGGCGGACUACCGGCGGGUGUCAGCGGACGAGAUGCGCAAGAGCGUGUUCGCCAACUACACCGCCUUCAUCGGAAACCCCCCUUAUUCCCCUCCCCGCUCCCCCCCAUACUCCCUCCCCCUUACGCCCUGCAGGGCGUGCGGCUGCUGGUGGGGGAUUUGGCGGACUACCGGCGGGUAUCAGCGGACGAGAUGCGCAAGAGCGUGUUUGCCAACUACACCGCCUUCAUCGGCACGUCCAAGGAGAUCGCGGAGCUCGAGGUGGAGCUGCAGCAGAUGAAGAACCUCCUCUCCGUGCAGACCGCUCUCAUCCAUUCCCUAGCCGCGGAUAGCAUGAAUAAUGAUAAUAGUAAUAGCGCUUCUGGUGGUGGGGGUGGGGGUGGGGGGUCGACUCCUGCGUCGACUACCUCGUCGGUUAUCACUGCUGGUACUUCGUCCACGUUCGCCGGAGCUUCGUCCUCGUCUCACGCGGCCUCGUUAGCCACCCCGCAGCAGGACGAGGAGGAGGACGAGCGGCUGUGGAGCGUCGAGGUUCCCGAGCCCACCGAGAUUGAGAAAUACGCGGAGGCGCUCCCGGAUAUACUGGAUAUUCUUAUAGCGGAGCGGAAGGUCGACCGCGCUAUAGAGUUGCUGGAGCAGGGGCAGCAGAUUGUGCAGCUGGCGCUGGCGACAGCAGGGGACGGGGCGGGCGGGGGCGGAGGCGGGGGGAAAGGGGGCGGGGGCGGAGCGGGCGGGGAGGACGAGGAGAUACUGAGCGCGGACGCGGCGAACGCGCUGGCGGCGGCGAUCGCGGAGAGGCGCGCGUGGCUGAUGGCGCAGCUGGAGGAGACGGCGCAGCAGGCGGCUGUGCGCGGACAGGAGCUGCGCCAGGCCGUGGGCGCGCUGUACCGCCUGGGGGAGACCGAGCGCGCGCACCAGCUGCUGCUGGGUGCGUACGGGGAGCGCAUCAGGAGCGGAUCCCGCCUGCUGCGCCCCCGCGGGACGAGCUUUGGCGGGGCGUACACUGCUGCCCUGGCGCAGGCAGUGACAGCCCACACCAUUUUGAGAGGCCUUGUAUCCGUUUUCUCACCUCGUUCCCUCCCCUCCCCUCCACACCCGCAGCUGGUGUUCUCGGCCAUAUCCCAGGCAGCCACGGACUCAGCGCGCAUAUUCGCGUCGGACCCAGCGUGUGCGGCGGAUCUGCUGCUGUGGGCGCAGAGGGAGACGGAGUUCUGUGUGUCGCUGCUCAAGCGCCACGUGCUCUCCUCCGCUGCUGCUGCUGGCGGCCUGCACGCUGCCGCUGAGUGUGUCCGCAUCGCCCUGGGUCACUGCAGGUUACUGGAAGAGCAGGGUUUGACCCUAUCACCUGUUCUUUCAAAGCUCGUGCGGCCCAGUGUGGAGGAGGCGCUCGAGUUCAACAUCAUCCGCAUAGAGGACUCUGUCGCCACCAUGGUCGCUGUCGACGACUGGGUUCUGCAGCCGCUGCCCCACGGCGCUGCUGCCACGGGCAGGGUGCGAGCGCUGCAGCAGACGCUCGGCCCGGGGCUCAUGCACCUGCGGCUGUCCAGCAGCGGCCAGCGGUUUUACCUGCUGCUCGUGGAUCUAGUGGAAGAUAUUCUCCCAGUCAUCAGCCUGCAGCUGUUUGGGCGCAUUCUCGACCGCCUGGCGUCUCUCUUCGAGUCCUACGUGGCCCUGCUGCAGAAAGCCCUCCCCUCGCCCUCCGACGAGGAUGACGACGACGAGGACGGGGGGAACGGGGCAGGGGAAGGAGGGAAGGACAAGGGCGGGGGCAAGGGUGGGGAGAAGGAGAACGGGGAGGAGCCGUGGCAAGACGGGAGUGUGAGGACGGCAGAGGACGAGCAGCAGCAGCUGGCGCUGCUGGGGAAUGCGUCGGCUCUGGCGGAUGAUCUGCUGCCCAGGCUGGCUCAGAGGCUCACGCUGGCUGCUGGAGAGGAAGGUGGUGGGGGAGGGGGAGGGGGGCGAGGGGGGAGGAAGCAGGGCGGGGCGGAUCCUGACAGGAGGCUGUCUGCUGGAGGACGCAACGCGGCGGAGCACAAGGAGUGGCGGAGGCGGCUGCAGAAGGCGGUGGACAAGCUGAGGGACGUGCUGUGCUCGUGCCUGGUGGCCGAGUUCAUGUACGGCCACGACGGCCAGCCCAUCCUCACCGCGCACCAGUACCUGCACAUGGACGCCAAGAUGCGCCCCACCCAGUGGGCGCUGAAGCCCCUCCCCUCGCCGCCUUUUCAGGCGCUCUACAUGGCGUUGCACUCCAUCCUCUCCACCGCCACAUACGUGCUGGGAGGGCGCGACCGCGUGGUCACGCUGCUGCUCAUGCGCCUGGCCGAGUGGCUCAUGAUGGGCCUCAUGGUCUACAGCUCCUUCUGGGACGAGCUCGAAAACGCUGAAUACGCUCUGGGGCCUACAGGCUUGCAGCAGCUGGUGUUUGACAUGUAUUUCGUGAUGCAGGUGGCCAAGGCGGGCAAGUACUCGUCCCGGGCCAUGCGCAAGGUGGCAGAGGACAGCGCCACCAAGGCCAUCGUCCUCUUCACUGAUCAGACUGGAGGCGACCCCAACAGUCUGUUGCAGGAGGACUGGUGGAUGGAGGAGGGUAUUGAUGAUGGGAGUUCCUAA